CCCUUCCCGCCCAGCGGCGGCUCGGAGCGGCCGGUGGCGGCGGCGGCUGCUCUGCGCAUCACGGGCUACAUCAUCGCGGAGGCCGCCCGCUUCCGCGCCUGCUCAGUGGCGGCGGCGCUCACCUAGCGCGGAGCUGUCACCGCCGCCGACUGCUCCCGCCCCGCCGCAGCGAUGGAGCGCAACCCCGCCACGCUGCCGGCACCGCUCUCGCCCAGAUCCAGUCUUCCUUAUAGAAAUGUUGAGGAUUUGAGAGCAAUGAAAAAACACUUUUGCUUGCAAAAAAGGAACAUUUUGUUCCACGUGUAAGUGUGGCACUUGGUGACUCACCUGCAAGAUUUCUUGGCUGACAUCUGAAGAACAAAGUGCUUUUCAACCUGUACUUCUGCAGCACUAUGACUAACUGUAAAGGCAGAUCUACCAUCUCCAAAACGAAUAGCAAAGUCCAUGACAGUGAAGGCUUGGUAAACUGGACCAUAAGUCUUAAUACAAUUCAGUCUGAUAAAUUUUUGAGGCUGCUCUUAAGUAUGGUUCCUGUUGUUUACCAAAUAAACCAAGAGGAAAGACACAAAAAGGUGAAUGGUGUCUGGCAGGAUGGAUUGCAACCAGCAGGACGCAAUUUUAAUGUCAGGUCUGAACAACACACAGAGUACCAUCACUUCUCAGAAGCAAGCUUUCAUGGUAGCAAUGGACACAGCCCAUCCAGCUGUAGCCCUAAAUAUGAUGAUUUUACCAGUUACAAUUACUGUGAUGGAAUGGACGCUUCAGAAACAGACGCCAUGUUGCAGGAUGACACUCUCUCUAGUGACAGUAAUGAGGAUAUCAUUGUGGAAGGAAGUAGAAAACUACCCAAAGAAUCGAGUAGUAUUAUGGCACUGCAGAUACUCGUACCUUUUUUGCUGGCAGGGUUUGGAACUGUUUCUGCUGGCAUGGUUUUGGAUAUUGUACAGCACUGGGAUGUGUUCAAGAAUGUUACUGAAGUCUUUAUCUUGGUUCCUGCACUUCUUGGUCUCAAAGGAAAUUUAGAAAUGACCUUGGCAUCCCGCCUGUCAACUGCUGUAAAUAUUGGAAAAAUGGAUUCUCCCAUUGAGAAAUGGAACCUAAUAAUUGGCAAUCUGGCCUUAAAACAGGUUCAGGCAACAGUAGUUGGUUUUCUGGCAGCAGUGGCAGCAGUAAUAUUGGGCUGGAUUCCAGAGGGCAAAUACCACUUUGAUCAUUCAGUCCUUUUGUGUUCUAGCAGUGUAGCAACUGCCUUCAUAGCUUCUCUUUUGCAAGGAGUAAUAAUGGUUGGAGUUAUUGUUGGAUCCAAGAAGACUGGUAUUAAUCCUGACAAUGUUGCCACUCCUAUUGCAGCAGGUUUUGGAGAUCUCAUCACCCUUGCCAUAUUAGCCUGGAUAAGUCAGGGUCUGUACACUUGCCUUGACACAUAUUACUAUGUAUCUCCUUUGGUUGGUGCCUUUUUUUUGGCUCUGACUCCAAUGGGGAUUGUCAUAGCUGCCAAACACCCAGCUACCAGAACUGUCCUCCACUCAGGAUGGGAGCCUGUUAUAACUGCCAUGAUUAUAAGCAGUAUUGGUGGCCUUAUUCUGGACACAACAGUAUCUGAUCCUAACUUGGUUGGAAUUGUUGUUUAUACCCCGGUAAUUAAUGGUAUUGGUGGCAAUCUAGUAGCUAUUCAAGCUAGCAGAAUCUCUACCUACCUCCAUUUACAUAGCAUUCCUGGAGAGCUGCCAGAGGAGGCCAAGGGUUACUAUUACCCAUGCAGAACAUAUUGUGGUACAGGCGUAAAUAACAAAUCAGCCCAAGUUCUACUUCUCUUGGUGAUUCCUGGACACCUGAUUUUCUUGUACACUAUCCACUUAAUGAAAAGCGGACAUACUUCCUUAACCCCCAUCUUUAUAGCAGUCUAUUUGUUUGCAGCUCUGCUACAGGAUCAGCUGUGGCCAUGGCAGAAAUGGAGCUGGGAGAAAGGAAGAACUCAGGAGCAGACCAGCCCUUCUUCUCCUCCAGCUGGGAAACACAGGGAAGAGUUAGAAGAAGUUGUAAAGGGGGACAGAGAAGAAGGACAUGUCAAGAUCAAAGCUUUCCUUCCUUUUCUGAUGCAGCAACCAAGAUGAACAGUGAAGCGACAUGAGCAGCGGGAGACUUCUAAGCUCAGUGGCAUUAAAAGAAAAAAAAGAAAAAACUAGUCUGGGGACACUGAUCCCAGAAGCUUCUCAUCUCCACAAGUCCCAAAGUAACAACAAGGGAGGAAAGUCCAGCAUACUCUGCCCAUGUGGAUGUCUUCUGUUCAGUGGAAGGUGGGGGGUGUGUGCAGGAGUGGGGCAGGAGGGUGUUUUGUGGAGAGCACUAGAGAAUAUGCUGACCAGAAAUACAUAUGCUGACCAACUGGUAGUCAUCAACUCAUUACAGGCAAAGGUUAUUCAAGGUAAACCAGAGUAAUUAGAUGGGAGGUAUUUCCUUCUGGUUACUUAGGCACAGCAGGAUAAAGUAAUCUUUGAAGACCUUUCCAAGCUUGACGGCCAAGCAGCAAGUACAGAUAUAAACACAGGGAAUUUUAAAAAAAAUUUUUUUUCUGAAUAUAGUAGUAUACUGAAAACUAGGUGCAGAGAUCAAGUCAAUUCACAGGUACCUGCAAUGAAAGCAGUUUUUUAAUAGAAGGAUGGAAAUACUGAAAUGUCAUUUGAAAAGCCCAUUAAUUAAAUUCUGUCUCACUAUAAAAAUUAUGGUGGAAAGCAGUACCCUCUACAUUUACCAGGCAGGGUUUAGUUUAUUUCUAUUGCAUUGCCUGCAGCUAGUUCUGUAUUACUGUAACCAGGCUCACAACCAGCCUAUGCUGGGGCUACUAAUAUGACACUUGAUCAUGGCAGACUGAAGGGCAAAAUUAUCCAAAUUAGUUUAGCAUGGAAUAAAGAGGAUAAAUAUUGUGAAUAGAGUUUGCAGGCCCAUUCCUUGGUAAAUUGGUUUUUCUCUUCAAUUUUGCCUUAAUGAAAACUUUGCAUCUGCCUUUAAUUCUUCAGUUACCUUUGUGUUUGGAGGUUUGGUUUGUGUCCUAUGCCAGAACUGUACUAGUUGCUGCAGAGCUCCCCUCAUCUGUGGUCCAUCAACUAAAAACCAGCUGACACCCAGCUGGGUCUAUCCAGCACUGAUAAAACCAGAGCUCAGUUCCACCAAAUUCUUCUUAAUAGUAGUUGUUCAGAAGGGGUGUGUAUAGCAGCCUCAGAAUACACAGAAAGAAAGGUUUUAAAGUGAGAACUGUCAGAAAGGCUAACUAUAGGUGGCACUAAUGGUCCUGGUUGUGUGACAUCGAGAGAGUCAGUUGUCUGCAAUCUCAGUUACUAUCAGCUCUCCUUCCCCCAGCCCAUCAAUUACACCGAGUUCCAGGAGGUGUUUGUUAUUCAAUAUACAAAAUGUUUUUCAGUAUUACUUUUGUUUUCCCAGAUGCUAAGAGGGUGGGGGAUUUUUGAGCAUGAGGUUACAUGCAAGCAUGUUUCCAAUCCUGUUUUCACAUGAAAGGUGUGAGUAAGAUUCUUGAAACCUUGAUGGAGAGCCUUGAAGUUACAAACAUGGUUUAGACUAUUUUAAGACUUGGCUUUUACAAUUUGCAUCCAUAACCACCCUACUUAGUGUAUAUAUGUGCUAUACACCAAGUUCUAGAUUGUAUUCUUAAAAAUGUUCAGCAUUAGACAAUAAUAGGGAACCAGCAAUUUUUCAUACUUGACAGUCCAAGCAUUUCUCAAAUCAUCACAAAUAAUUAUUACUCUGUGCAGAUUUCUACAGAUGACAGACAGACAAUUGUAGCUGUGCAAAUCAAAACACUAUAUCUAAAAGAACAAUUGCAUUUUUGAUUAAGGGAUUUUAUUAAACUGACCUGAACUGCAACUUUUUUUUUUUAAGUAAUAGCUUUGCAACUUUUCAUACUUUGAUUUACUUCACAUUUCAUGGCAUAUUAAUUUUGACUUAACUUUUUUCAAAACCUUUGAGGACUCAAAUAAGGAGCAUACCAAAAAUUAAUAUUCAUUCAGAGAAAGUAUAUUGUGUGUCCUGAAGAUGGAAAUGCUUAACAUCUUCCCUGAAAACCUGUGGACAGACAAACUGGAAUAUGAAUUUGCUAUGAAAAUGUUUCUACAGAGUGACUGGAUAAUAGAAGAUAAAACUAAUAUUAACUUAGGAGCAUUUUUACCAAGUGAGAAGAUUUUAGAAGCAAAUUAUAUCCUCUGAAGGAAACUCUUCAAGUAUCACAAAGCUUUAUUAUUUUCUCCAUUUCAGGCAUUGAACCUACUGCCCUGUGGAGAACAUUAGGCUGAAUAUGGUUUUUAUUUUUCAAUUCUUUGUAUUGCAAACCAAGAUAACCACACAAUUUUCAGUUCCCAUUGCAGAGAAUGCACCAGGGCUAUGAAAAGAAGGAUCAAAGCUCUUGAAAGUAAAACAGUCAUACACAGAAGCUGCUAACAUGGUAUUGCCAAAAAUCCUGAAUUGCUUCAUACAUUCUCUCCUUCCUCUUCCUAUGCACGUCCCCAACUUUGUCCCUGUGUGUCUGUGUGCACUCAAAUAAGGACACAGCAGAGAAUGGUAAGAUAAUUCAGCAUUACUGUGGGGACUAAAAUGAUUUGAUUAAACCCCAAACGCACAUCAACUUUGGACUUCACUCUUCUUUGACAAGGUACUAGACAAGUACUACUUGGGUGCUAGAAAAAAAACAACACUGAACCAGGCAAAACCUGUCAACAGACACACAUGCAGCCACAGAUGCUGAUACUAUCCUGGGAAAACUUCACAACUAGGUCACUAAGUAUUGGCCUUUUCAUCUUGUAGAGAAAGUAAAGUACCACAGAGAGGCUAAAUGAUGCAAAAUCUUGAAAAAUCAGAUACUGACACCAAAUGGCACAGCUGUAUAGAAAACCAGCUUUUUAAUCAGGCUAAAACUGUCACACAAGAUACUGAUCCAGGAAAAAAAGAACCAGCUCCCUUCCAAUGGCACCUUCUCCUGUAUAAUCCCAAACAUUUUGGGAAGCCUGUCCAUUCCCAUUCUCCCUAAGAGGAACUAUUUGGUAUCAGGACUCAUACCAUACAUAGGGUUUGGGGCUAAUAAGAUCAAUGUACAUAUCUUGUAAAGUGUCUCCUCUGAACAAGGAGAGGGAAAAGUUGGAAGUCCCAAGGAAGAUCAUACAGAAAGACCACAUUGAGGGUGAAGGAUGUGCUGACAUGCAUGUUGCUGUUCUGAAGCUCUGGGGAAAUAUUAUAAACACAGGGCAGGAAAAACUGAAGUGACUGAGUUUAAGUGCAACACAUGCAAAAGGUAAGAAAUCUUCAAGGAGGGCUGGAGAAGUCUUGAGCUGGGAACACUUAAAGCAAGCAAUCUUCAUGCUGGUGGGCUUAUUGGGAUUUAAUUUACAGAAGAUGAGUUUGGAGCUUCGUGUUGCUUGUACAAAGAGCACUUUGCAUUGUCUUUCCAACAGCCAAACAAAAGGAGGGGGAGAAGAGGAAUGAGGAAUAGAUGAUCAAUCCUUUUUUUUUUUUUCUCUCACAACAACAAAUGGUUGAAACCCCCAGGCUGAGACCUCAGCAGCAUGGUGAGGUGAGGGUGAUGGAGCUGUGCUACCUUCCCAUGGCAGAGGCUUUGUGGUGGGACUUCACCUCUCUGCACUGCCGCCACAGUCGCUUGCCGCCACUCUGGCAUGAAAGGACGGCACGUGAUGAAUCUGUUUGCUCCUGGCUCAUUCUGUAAGUGCAGUGAUAAAUCACUGUUUGCAUGAAAAAGCUGAAAGGUCUGGCUAUCAUAUGAAUUUAAGUUAAAAAUGAAAACUCUCUGUCCUUUCCCUUUCAACACACACACACACACACACACACACACACACACACACAGAGAGAGAUAGAUGUGCAAACUUCUGAUGCUCUGGGACUGAGCUCUCAUGCUGCAUGUGGAACCUGUAACACACAGGGACACAGCUACUGUCCUUCUAACCCUCCUUUCCCAAGGAUACACUACUGUUGUCCACAGGUGCUUGGGAAAGGGCCAGACUUGCAGAACUGUCUCCAAGUCAGCAGGGACAGCAGACAGGGUCAAAAAGGCUUCCACUUUUUAUCUCACAACUGCCAGGUUACAGUCAGGGCAUAGAUGAAACAUUAAGUGGCACAACCCAAACUCAGGGACAAGCACAUGGGUUGGGAAGCUCGAAGCCAAGUGAGUGACCUGUAGCUGCUCCACUCUGCUAUUACAUCUUUACUGUGGGAGCUGUAGAUAUGAUUUUCAAGGAAAGGCUUGAGAAUUGGUUAGCAUGCCAUAGACAUCAGCAAAUGAUGCACAAGGAGGAGCACUGGGCUGGGCAUACAUGUUGUCAGCCAGGGUAGAGCUGGGAGUAGCCCUUAAAAAACAGAGUAAGAAACAACAUUUUAACAUAGCUGGCAUCUAGGAGACAAUGGAAAAACUGACAUUUGUUUCUGUGUUGCAAGGAGUUGUGGUUAUAGGGGUGAGAUAAACUGGGUGGAGUGAGGAAACAGGAUAGAGUAGAUACGUAAAUACAAUAAUACAUAAGAAAUUCCGUGAGGAGGAAAGGAAUAAUUUGGACUCAGUCUGGUUAGGACAAGUAGUAACAGAGUUAAACAAGAGAGACUCAGAUACAGGAUAGAUCCUCUCAGAAAGGUAAGAUACGUCUGUGCUGAAACAGAAUGAGGAAUGUCCAGCAUUGGGAACAUCCAUCUGCCCAAGAAGGGAAAAGGACUCAAAUUAUCCCACCACACAGGCAGGUGUUGUCUUGCAGGUCCUUCAAGCUUUGCAAAUGUGGGAUGGUGGCUUCUGUAAGCUAAGCUCACUAUCAUAAAUCUCAGUAUUCCACACACUCCAGGAGGAAGGCUUUUGGCAAACAUUGCAGAGCCAUAUAGGCAGGGGCCAGUCAGUGCUGUGAAUGAAACCCCCCUGUGGAAAGGCAACACCAUCCAUCUCUGGGGUGGGCAGAGGCCAGACAGAAGCUCAGAAAGAAACAGUGUGAAACCCUGCACAGGAUGUGGGGAGAAGAUACAGGAGGUCUGAAUGCCUGGAGUUGCCUGGGACAUACGUGCCCUGCUCCCCUCAGCAGCUCUGACGCGGCAGACAACAUUUAUGAAUUUCUCAGUAACACAAAUCCAAACACCUGUACCUCACCCAGAGCUUUUGAAACCAAAUAGGAGAAACAGGAGAGAGUUGCUGCAUAGCUGGUUUCCUUACGUACAAUUCAUGGGCUUUAGCAACCCUCUCAAGGAGAGGGGAAUCCUGCAAUUACGUGUUUAGUUGUUCCCCAAUCCAAGCAGGCAUUUGUUUGGGACAAUGGGACACUGUGGGAUAUCCCUUCCAAUAUCUCUGAGCAGGUCAGGUGCAUUCUACUCCUGUGGGUCAGGGAUGCAGGUUCAGGCCCUCACCAAGUGCUGUGUUGUUAUUUUUAAGGUAAGAGGCUGGAAGUAGAAGUGCUGAUGCCUGCCAUGUGUAACCGUGCUGUAAGGUCUGCCCUGUGUGCCUUGCUUCUGUCUAACUGGAUGGUGCCAAAGUCCAAAGAAGACAGGGAAAAGAGAGGUAAUCUCACCCUCCCAGAAGUUCAGUGUCAGAAAAAGGAACAGAUUGCAUCUCCUAUCUCAGUAUGUGAGAUGCAAUCUUUUCUUAUAAUGAUCUUUUCUUGUAGUGAUCUGGAUGAAUUCAUCCUGGCACAGACUGGCAAAAUACCUAAAUCCUUUGGGUAAUGAUUUUCUUCUCCUUGACUAAACUAUCACAAAUUAACAUUAAAUUUAUUUUACUUCCUCUUGUUAAGGUUAUAUUGUGCUCAGACUAAACCUUGCUAAGGUAUCUUUUUCUGGCACGUUUGACUGUGCUGCUCACUAAUGCUCACAGAAGAUGACUAACCAGGGUUGCUCAUUCUCCAUAGCCUUAAUUACAGUUAACUGGAAACGUUUCACCUUUCUGCUGCUGUUCAAAAAGAAUUAGAUGAACUCCUGCUUGAAAAAACAAAAGGCCUCUUAUACUAAAAUGCUAGCAUUCAUUUAUAAUCUUAAUUACAACAGGCUUCCCAGGAAACUUUCCUGCUGCAGAAUGUAGCACAGAAAUUACAGGUUAGCACAAGCCUGCUUCAUCAAUAGCUUCCUAGGUCAGAUUUAUUCUUUACUGAGAUAAACCAGUGACUCCAGCCCUGAGGGAUGCUCAGUCCCAAACAAGCCAGCCAGCAGUCCUUUAGCCUAACUAUAAUUCUGUCAGGAUUGGGCCCAAAGAGGGAUCAAGACAAAAGUCAGAAGAUGAACCAUGACACAGGAGAGGAAAUAAUUUGCUUUUUCAAUGUUUUCUGUUUCAGUCUUUGUACACCAAAACAAACCCACUCCCACAGCCAACCACAAGUGAUUCUACCACAGGUUGGCUGGGAGUCAAAGAGCACAUCCCUAAGUCUGCUUUCCCUGUUGGCCACUGAUACCCCUUCCCAAGUGCCAACACGCUCCACCCACUGUGCCUGCUCCACACAGAUAACAUCCAACAUUCUCUGGAUCCAACCACCUGGCACUUGCUGGAAACUUCCAGUCCUCCUGGGUUCCUCAGCACAGAAAUAAAAGAACAGAAAAUGCACCUAGGUAAUCUUCCUUAAUCCUGACAAGCCUAGGGUGACUUGGUUGCAUUUUUAAGCAUCUGACUUGCUACAUUAAUUUUUCUUAUGUCAGAGCAUAAGAAUAAUGUCAAAAAGUCCCUUUUGUCAGCCAUUCAAGACAACUAGAAGGUACGAAUAUUAGUAUGACGCCUGCCUUAUUCAUUUUCCUCACCUCUAUAGCUGUGUUUACUGUGAUUUCUAAGAGUUCUCUGUCUCAUCUAAUAACAUAUCUAUUUAGGGACUGCGUACUACAUGUCGCUUAACAAUAAAAGAACAAAUUCUUAGUAUUCCUUUAAAUGGGAGCAUUUUUUUCAAACUGUUACCUCAACUACAGCCUAAAAGAAAUUGCACAUCAUGUUCCUUUUCUUUUUUUUUUUUUUUUUUUAAGUGCUCAUUCUUUUUUAAACUUCCCAAAGAAAAUGAGCAGAAAAGGUCCCUCUGAGCUCAGGCAUCUGGGAUCCUUCUCUGGCUGCAGCCAAGUGCUGUCUCCUUGCCCUCUGCUCCUUUCACACAUGCUGAAGGCAUGCCAGCCUCCCAUCAGUUCCCUCUUAUCUGCUGAAAGCGCUGGCUCCCUCUUCCUUGCUCUCAUACCCUUGUCAUCUGCCUUAUCCAACCUGCAGCUAAAGCAUGCCAGUAAAGAUGGGAAGAAAAAAGAGCUCCAGGACUGAAUUUUCAGCCAGCUCUCGCUCUGCAUGCAAAGCCCCCUGGAGCAGGUCUCUGCUGUCCCUGAGCUAACAAGCCUGCAGCACCAGGCAGGGGCCUUGGCGAGUGUGGAGGGCAUGGAAAGAUUGGGAAGCUCUCCCCUGUCCCUGGGCAGCAAGGCAAGGCGGAGAGCUUCCAACCCGCGGCCUGAAGGGACGUGGUCCGACAGCCAGCAGUGACUCGAGGCAUUCAGCUGCAGGGUAAGCAGAGCCAAGAGUGUGUGCUCCGUGAGGCUCCGUGGCAAAGCGCCCGUGUGCUCUAUGGAACCGCGCCUGCUGCUACCAUGGGGAACAGGGCAGCUCUGUCCCACACACAGCCCGGCCUGUUCCACCUCCGUGGGCUCCUCGGUGGCACAGGGUGAGCUUGGCCUGGAGCUGCUCACAGCAGAGCCAGCUCCUCCUCAGCUCAGGUAGGACACAGAGCUUGGCAGUUCACACUCACUGUGCAGCUUGUUGUUGUUGUCAGCUACCCCUGACUUCUGCUUGCCCACCCUUACCAGUCUGUUAUGGCUCCCAAGACUUUUGUUUUCAUAAGCUGCUUAUUUUCUCUUUGAUGAACAAUAACGCCAAGAAGUUAGGUAGGAAUGUGUGCAUCUCCCUCUGUACAUACCUAUGGAUACACGUGUAUAUGCAUCCCUACCCACAUCCAAGCAGUAAGCACCCAGAUGGCACAAGCAGUUAUGUGGGUCACAGACCAGGGCUCAUGGGUGCUCCCAGGCUGUCCUGAAGCACUGAAACACAUUCUGAUGUAUAAGUAGAUAGGACUGAAAAAAAUUCAGAAGCAAAGUGGAGGGAAAAAACAAAUUUAUUGCUGAUUUUUCUUAGUAGGGUGGUGUGAGAAGCAUCCAUGGUGCCCACUCAGUCAGUACCUGGAACUGCUGCCACCUCCCUGAUGAUUUCAGUCAAGACAGCAGAGAUGUCUGAUGGCUCCUGAGGAAUACUGGCAAUAGAUGAUGUUCUGGUGUACUGAAUAGAGGUUAUACUUCUCCAGAGCUGCCAGGUGACAUGGACUUCGGAGCAGGGAGAAGCAACAAGUUCACAUAAUGUAGGAAAAACUGAUAUUCCUGACAGAAGUAAUACACCUAAAUUACAGUUUCUUGCUAAGAGAGCUGUCAUUUUAGACACUCUGCAGGAGCUUCCAGCCACUGGAUCCAUGAAUGAAGUGCUCAAGGUUUCUCCUCCAACCUGCAGCAUUGCCUGCUGCAGGACCUGUCUUCUCAAGGCAGGGAGAGCUGCCGAUGUUCCGUGCCCUUCAGCUCAUGGGGGUGCUUCCAUGGCACAAAUGUCACCACAAACACGCUAAUAAUGAACAGUGCAUUUUGCUCUUUGAACAUAUCCUGUCUUUUAUGAGAUAUAUCAGCACAGCUGACCUAGGGAUUAACAAUGACAUCCAAACUGCUUUCAAUCAUCUUAGUUUUGCAUUUCAAAUAUAAAACUGAUUUAAUGAAAGUCUGUUUAUCCUGUUGUUUCUAAAUUCCUUCUGAUAGUUGAUCCUAGCUGGAGCACUGCACGAAGGACCAUAUGUAAGGACCAUACUUAAACACUUUUGAUCUGGUGUUUGCAACUCUAUGUCCAAUCCUGCAAUCUAUCUCAUGAAUCUCUUCCACUGAUGUGUAUCCCAGCCAGCACGAGCAGGGAAGUUUCACAAAGCCUCUUCCCAACUUCUCCUGUUUUUAGAGAUUCACUUCCUGCUUCAUGACCUAACUUUAUCUCUGGCUUUAUUUGCUUAAAAAUAAACUUUGUUCAGAGGGGAAAGCAGUACAUGGGAUUCACUGCUUCUAGGAACAAACUGUAAUUUCAUUCAAUUUAUUCUGCUUUCCCAGGCACUCUCUUACUCCAGCUCUCCCAUCACCUCCCUUUAUGCACCUGCAAGUCCAAGUCCACAACUUCAGUCCCUCUUCCCAGUGCCCUUCAGUAGUGGUUAUGGCCCCUUAACUCACCUUAUUAACACCACCGUGUUCACUCAGCCCCUGGUUAAUGCGAUAGAGGGUCUAAGGUAAUCCCAGUAAUUUUAAGGUUAGCAUUAACUCUUCCUUCCACCUGAGCUUCAUUUCCACUUCUGCCUCUUACUGCUCUUCCCUCUCUCUCCUUGACUGUUCUCCAUUAAACAACCCCUUUUGCAAGCUGCCCUCAACAUCAGUGGAGCUCAAGUUAAACUUUCAAACCCAUGGGAGGGCUGGGAGAAGAGUGGGGGAGAUGCAAACAUUUUCAAAGGAAGACACAGAUUUAAACAGGAUGUAUAGAAGGCUGCCCCAAAACACAGGUAUUCUUAGGAGACUGAGAUAAAGCAGCUACCAUCCACUGCUACUUUAAAUUUGAUGCAGAACAUCUGCUCCUGUUUUGCUUUUCAUGAUUCAUGUCCCCUUGUCUGCAGCUCUGUCUGCUCUGCCUGCUCAGGACAACCUGAGCAGAGACUGCUGGUUCACUCAACUGUUUCCAGGAGGAGAAAACACUUGCCAAGAUGAACUGAGAAAACCUGAACUGCUCAACAGCCAGCUAAGAUAUGAAGAGCCUGCUCAUCAGUGUAACAAUAUUUUUUGUUCUAUCUUCACCCAUUGCAGACAGGAUUGCGUCCCUCCCAUCCUCUGAACCCUGCUUAGUUUUUGCAGAUCAACUGAGAUCAGUAAGUAAAUCUCAGGGCCACAAUUGCAGCCUCAAAGUGCAGCUUAUUAGAAGUACUAUGAGAUCUCUCAGCUCCCUGUGGUGAGUAGUGGAGCAGACGUGAGUGCACAAAAACAUGGGCAUAUUUUAGCUACGAUCAGCCUCUUUAGGGACUGAAGGCAACAGAUGUAUGUUCAAUGGGAAUAAAUGCUUAUUCCCAAAUAAAGCUCAGAUAAACUGCAGAGGGAUCUAUCUGCAGGUGCUGGCAGGAUGGAUAACUUCUCCUGAGGCUGCACCUGGAGUCACUAUUGCAGAUCAAGGUCUAGGAUAAAAAUAACACUCAGUACUUAUCUGGUAUUUUUUCAGUCUACAAACUUUAAAGCAUCAUCCCCACUUUCCAGAAGUGAGAAGCCAGCCACAAAGACCCAGUUCAGUGUUGCUGCGUUCUUCUACCAUCUUCACAAGCUGAACCUUGUCCUCUUCCAACACCUCUUCUCUGUCCAAGUGCAACUGACAGGCUCAAGACACAGCAAUCUAAUGCUAUCAGCACUUUCAAUUUUCUGUCAUCUUGUCUUUUUCUUAAGAGGGAAAAUGGGAUUUAUUUUUAAGCACUGGUUCCUGGUACUACUCUGGGAGAAUUUCAGAACAAGAUAUAUCUCCAAAUAUUUGUCUUCCCUGAGGUUUCUAGUCCUUUCUGUUACAGACAGGCUAAGUAAAUGGAUCAAACUGGAGACUCAAGAUCCAGAUUGAGAAAUUGUGGCAGUAAAGCAUGAUGGAAUCAGUACAUUACAGAUAUUCAAAGCAUUCAGUUUAGGCUUACACCUUUCCCUCCUUGUCAUUUCUUCUCUAAACAACAUUGGGGAGAUUCACCUUUGGAUGUAACUUCCAUAGCAACUUGGUGUCUAUGAGAAAUCAGCAGCAGAUAUUUGGCACUGCCCAUUGCAAAAUAUUUAGCAUGUUCUGCAGUAAUGCAUAUAGCUUAUCAAAACAACUAUCUUAAACACCACUGAGAUCUCACAAAAAGUCAACAAAGUACAGUCAGAGUACUCCAAAAUAUACCAGGAUUUUAAAAAAUCAUUUGAAGUACAAAAUAGAAGGGUUGCAUGUGUUGGUCUGGUUUUUGAUUUAAUAAUAUGAGUUUGCUACAGCCCCAAAAAUCAACCUGUAUGUUACUCAAAAGAAAAACCAAACCAUAAAGUUCACUGAUUUAUAAAGCUCAUAGUAAAAAAUAAAAGUUAGAUUUUUUUUUUAAUACUGGCUCAGUGCAGACAAGAGAAAGGUGAGAAGCAAACAGUUUAUUUGGAAUAGGUGGACAAUAUUAAGCCAACCAGUCCAAUUUGGAGAAGUAGCAUCAAGAAGCUGGUUACUGGGUAUGGGUACAUACAUACUACAAAUCUGCCUAUCUGUUUCAGCCUACCACAACUUACUCAUUGGCACUAAAAAUAACUAGAAACAUGGCAGAGAAGGUGAAGGAAAACAUGAAGGGAAGCAAGCAGUCUGAGCAAUUCCAUUAAAAAAACCUCCAAAUAGUAACAAAAGAACAGCCUUCCUGGGAACAGCCCUCUGGGUUUGAAUGGCAUCUGCUAAAGAAGCCUGGUACCUCCACAUCAGUGCAAAGACAAAUGAAUGGUCCAAAAUAUCUGUCCAUGGAUGACAAGAGAAAACACAACAUUGGUAAAGUUGUUCCCUCCAAGGAAGCAAGUGAAAUCAGAGCCUGGCAUUGGUGUUAGAUUGUGAAGGGGAAGGAAUACAGAGAGGGAAACAAAAAUUAUACUUAGAAAAAAGUCUGCUCCUACAUGUUUGGGCUGAAGAGCUUCCUUGGAGAAACUUUUGCUUUUGAUGGCAGAGGAUGAUAUCUCUCUGGGACAAGAGAGGAAAGGAAAACAGAAAAGUCUGUGAUAGAUUAAAACUACUAAACAAAAGAGACUGCUUGGGGAUUUAAUAUUUAUGAAAUGCAAAAAAAAGAUUGUAGUAAAAUAAGAGAUAACACAAAUCUAGUAAAAGCAGAGUUGUUCUGAAUGAAAAAAAAACCCACAGACGCAGAACCUGCAAUCUGGUGCUGUACUAUCAAAAAACCAAUUCCCCCCUGUCUUAGGUAAUGUCAAAAUGAAAACCCCCACAUACAGGCCUGGUUCAAAAGCUAUUGAAGUUAAUAAAAAUUUCCUCUUGAUUUCCAAAUGCUUUGAAAAUGUGACUCCUUGGGAAUUUCUGAUGUUAUUAAGAGACGUAUACCAACACUAUCACCCCUGAAAGAAGCCCAGAGAUUCUGCAGGACGAAAGGGGUACUGCCAGAAGUUACCCAGCUUCUCUGCUCAGUAGAGGAUGAUGGCUCAUCCCAAAUCCUGGUGUGGGGAAUUAGGGAAGGUUAUCUGCAGUGUUAUGGAGAUGAUCAUUGUUGAAACUGCAUGUGGGGUUAAUGCACCAGUGGCUUCUUAAAACCUUUGAAAAUUUUCCCCCAUCAGAGCUGUGAGGUAGAAAAUAUGUUUUCACUUCCUCCUGUGGAGUAUCAUAGUGUGCCAUAUUCAAUGCAUCACCUAGUCUUGUUUUUGAAGGACAUUUGCUUCAGGGGAGGAAAGUAUUCUGUAAUCCUGAUGGAUGCACUUCUCUGUUGAGAAACAUUUCUUUUGAUAUUCUGCUAAAGUUAGUUUCCUUUCCCAACCCAUCCCCCCUUAAAUAUACCCAGAAGAUCAUAAAUGUGGAAAUGUGUCAGUUAGAAAAGGCUGAAUGAAAACUACUGUGACAACCUAAAUUCUGAGUUUGUUGCUCUAUAUGUGCAUUUCUUGGAUGGGCCUUUCAUUUUCGGUAGGGUUGUUUUUCAUUUCCCGGCCAUGGUUUGUUCUGGUUUAUGCCCAAGAACUUGCACUAACAAAGCUUGAUGGUUCUGUGAAAGGAGUAUAAACAUAGAUGCUGAUCACUUGAAAAGGCAAAUCUGUACAUGCAACUGCUCUUGGAAAUACUGGCUUCUUCCUGGGCAAAAAAGUGUAAGUGUCCAGAGGGAAAUGCCAAGUCACAUGGCACUUCAGACCUAUUAAUAUAAUUUAGAAAGAAAAAGGAGUUAGAGUGCAGGGACAACACAAUCAGGUUGUUAGAGUGCAGGGAAGAGGCAUAAAACACUGCAUUAAACUACGACCAUUUUGCUGUAUCUCAGAACAUAUAGUUUAUUGAAUGGCUUCCAGAAGAGAGAAAAAUGGAUUUGGCACUCAUCAAUAAAGUCUAUAAUUACUUUUUUUAAUAGAAAAUCCAUGGACUGUGUCCAACUCCUGGCAAUUUUUUAUGGUGCUGACUUGAGAAUGCUCUUGUCCAGUGCCACCAUCAGGGAGAGCUACAUGUGCAGCUGGAGAAGGGUCCUGAGUUAUCCCUUGCCAGGAGCCAAGGCAAACAAAAAGCUCACAGAGGAGCCCAGUUUUUCCUGCCAUGCCAUUAGAAAGAAGUAGUGAUGGGUCUCAUCACCUCCUCAAGGUCACCCAGCUACCCGGAGAGCAGGGCAGUGACCCAUCCACUGAGCUCAGCCAUGCUGGAAGAGCCAAACUGAUGGAUGUGUCUGUGGAAAACCUGGUGUUUGGUGACUCAGACCCUUGAGAAUUUCUAACCAUCUGGUUUCCCAGAACUGGCCAAUCUGAUAGGUUUGCAGCCAAAUUAACAAAGUUAACAGAAUGUGUGGAUAUGUGAAAUCGUGAGGAUGCACCUAGGGAUGUAACAUAUCACUUCAUGGAGAUGUAAAAAGCUCUGCAUCUCUGAAUCAGACAGGUUGGGCAGAGAUGGGAUGACUAAAAAGGUUCUCUAGCACCACAAGAAAACACUUUUGGACAUUACUUACACAACAAAAUUUUAUGUUCAAGGUUGCAUGAGUAAUUUGAUAGGUAGCUCACAGCUAUACAGCUAUUGUGAAGAAUAACAAUUACAAUUUUAGAUGAGAAAUUUAUAGAUAUAUUUUUAAAAUGCACACGCUGACACCCCUGUUUUACUUUUUCUAAUCACCCUGCCUUCUGUGCAUUCAUGAUCUUCCUGAAUCUUGUGUGAAGUUUGCAAGGACUUGUAAAUCAGUGCCUCUUCUAGACAUUUAAAUAGCAAGUGAUUAAAACUAAAAAAGAAACUGCUAGACUAGUUCUGGUUGUGGUCAUCAGGCAUUGCUCCCUCUGCAGAUCAACAAAGCAGAGAAAAUACAGAUUAUUCCCAGGCUCAGCUGCUGUAUGUCUGAGUCUAGUCAAUGUACAAUUACUCACAACAACAACCUAUCUUUUAUAUUUAACUUUGCAAGACCUGCAGAUAGAGAAAACACAUGCUUUACUUAGAGAUUAAGGAAUAGCACUCAGCAGUGCUCUCACUGCAGCACACUGAAGAGGGGAACACCAAUAAAAACAUGAUUAGCUCAAGACUAUCUGUCAUGCAGUCAUAAAGCAGCAGCCUUUCACUGAGGACACUUGUGAACAAGCAGAUAGCCUUUGUCUAUGUCGGAGCAUGGGCAGUCCCCAGAAUUACAAACUCUCAGGCCCACUGUGAAGCAUGCAAACAUUAUUACUGCCCAAUAAAUGUGUAACUUGGUCAUGCUGACGUGGUGAGUCUGUGGCAGAGCCAAGCCUGACACUCAAGUGUCUUGGUCUCCCGUCAUCAACAUCAGCUUCUGCAAGCAGUAAAUAUACCAAAUUAACAAGACAUUCAAAGUAAAGCUUUCCCAGUUUCUUGUCCAAUGUUUCCCUUUCUGUAUCACACUUUUCAAUUUUCUUAUUGAGUUCAGUGCCCAAUGAAAAAUGUGCCAUUGACAAGGAUGGAAUUAAGCACAGCAUAAAUUUCUACCAUGUCCAUAUUUCACUGCAAGAAGACCGUGGCUUGGAUCACGUGCCUUACAAAAAUUAAUGUCAUGCUUGUCAGUGGCUUCAAGGAAUUCAUAAUUUCCUCCACUGUGCUUGUGCUAUGUCCAGAACCAUGAAGGGCUGAUUGCUGGCUGAGACCAGUAAGUGCUGUUCAAAUAAAUUGUAAAAAUAAUGGAGAAACUAAGCAGACUCAAAUUAAAAGGCAAAGAAAAUGAGAAACAGGGGGAACAUAGACAAACAACAUUGAGGUACUUUGCCACUUUAUGGCAAUGAUCUUGUCAUUACAAAGCCAGGUGUAAGAGGUUUUCUUUCAAAUGCCUUAGAGUAGAGCAUCAACAGCAGUUCCAGAAGAAAGCACCACUUUGUAUAAUGAGGGAAUGCACAAAAGUUUUUCUGUAAAGAAAAAUCCACAAAAGAGAAAAUCUACAAGUGUUUCCAGAGUCUAUGCCUCUUCAGGGUUGCUCUGUUUCAUUAGUCUCAAAUGAUGGAAACUGUCCAGUAGUUAUGAAAAUAUCUACCUGAGAAAGUUAUGAGAAUUCUUGCAGGAUGCAACACACCCUGCUGUGGGCUCAGCAAAUGGGCCACUGACACAAGGGAGAUUUAUAUUAUGAGGACAGCUGCCCAUGGGUUUUAUUAUUAAGCUUCACAGCUAAGUUUUCACACAGGAGGAAUUGGAAACAAAAAAGACAAAAAAGACAAAAGAAAGUAUUUUGAUAUCCUAAGCAUGAGUCCAGUCCUCAAAGUUUACACAGUGAUGUGACUGAGAACUGCAAAGAUGAGAAGAAUCUGAUGUCUAGAUCAACACACUGACAGUACUUUGCAAGUGCCUUCUCUGGUGCUAGGGUUUGUUUUAAGAUCUCUUGCUUUAAAGAACAUAAUAGAGACAUUGAGGGUUGGUAAAUUCUGGCCUGAAGACAUUUUCCCAACCUUGCAGGUAAUUUUUCGUUUUUUGCUGCCUCUGCAGACACCAGAAGCCAAUGGGACAUUCAUGCCAAGGCAGUUAUUUCAUGCUCUGAGUAACAUUCUAAUUUCUGUAACCAGAUUUUUGCAACAGCAAGUUCUUAUUUCGGGCAAGUCCCAUGUGAAGGGCAUGCUUCAGUAGAUGGAUAUCCUCAGCUUAUUGAUAUAGCAUAACUUUUAUUAGAUGCACAAAUAGCUAUUGCCUUGUUGUGAUUUGUAUGUUAAAAAUUAGUAAUGCAGAAUCCUGUUAAUGCAAUAGAGCAAUACAGAUAUUGUAAGUGAAAGAAGAAUGCUCUUAUCUCAAUAUUCUAAUUUUGAUCAAAGAUUAGCUGCUUUACACUUCAUGGUUCAGAUGAACUGCAGUGUGUCUGUAAGUGGCUGGGGAGACUUUAUCAUAGGUAGGAGGAACAGCUGCCUCCACUGGAAAUUUCUGUAUUACACAAUCACAUCAAUUUCCAUAUUGUACACAAUGGCUACAAGACAGAAUAUUGUCUGGGGGUGCAUGCAAAGAUGUGGGAAUGCUCAGCCAGGAGCUUACGGGCUGAUCUAUGGAGAAGCAUAACAAAAACCUUCCUGUUUCUACCAGUGAUUUAUAAAGGGCUGCAGCAGGCUGACAUUUUUUUUCUAUGCACAAACUCUGGCAAUCUCAGCACAAAAUUUCUGCUUUCAUAUCCAUAAUGCCCAGAGGAUCAGGUAAUGUCAGUGAAAUUCCCUCUUGGGGACUGAAUAAAACAUGAGAUAAAGACGGGUACAGAGACCUGAGAGAGAAAUUCUCGCCCUGCAGUUGAAAAGGCUGCUUUCUGGAUGGUGCUCAGGAAAAUGCCUGGCUCAUGCCACUGUCAAUCACUGCACAGCAGAGGCACUGGGUUUCCACUACCUUGGACCCUUUUCCAGCCAUAUCUACGAAGAGGAUCAGAUUAAAAUUUCCAGCCUUUCAGGCAGGCAGCCCAGCAACUUGCACCAGAGACAGGGUUAUGACCUGUGUUCAAGCCCCAGCUGGGUGUGACAUUGAGCAAUGAGGGAAAGGUGUCCCUGCUCAUGGCAGGGGGUGGAACUAGGUGAUCUGCAAAGUCUCUUCCAACCCAAACCAUUCAGUCAUUCUGUGAAUAGUGACCUGCACUACAGCAGGCCAUAUGGACAUAUUCCACGUUCAUCUCUCAGACAUGAUGUGUUUGUUUUUUUGUCAGACCCACCAGAUGGGGAAUCACAUAACAAAAUUACUCUGCAAUGCGAUAGCAGCAUUUCCCUUCCUGUCGAGAACCACAGAAAAGACAGGGGAAACAGCAGGAUCUGGAUGAUGCAAAAUAAGGUUUCCCGACCCCUGGGCAUUCACACCUUGACCCUGGAUUGACUGUGCAUGAGCUAGAGAAGAGCCCAUAGUUGCUACCUCAUCAUCAUCAUCUACAUCACCAGACCCAGCUGGGCAUGCUGAGGUUGCUCACAUCUUUUAAACCUCUUUAGGGGUGGCAACUCCACCACUUUUCCAAGCAGACUAUUCCUACUGAAUUGACAGCCUGACAACCCUCUCAGUAAAGACAUUUAUCCUAAUAUCCUAUCUAAAACUCACUUGACACAACUUGAGGCCAUUUCCUCUUGUCCUGUGACUGGGAGAAGAGACUCACCCCCCUAUCUGACUACAACCUCCUGUCAGGUACUUGUGGAGAACGAGAAGGUUCCCUGUCUGCCUCCUUUUCUCCAAGCUAAACAACCCCAGCUCCCUCAGAUGCUCCUGACAGGACUUGUGCUCUAAAAAUAUAUUGCCUCAAAUAUGUACAAAAACCAAAAGUAACAAAAUUCACCAGGCUUUUUUCCCUGAGCAAAAUUCAGUCUAUGAAAAUUCUAUGAGUGAUUUCAGUUGAAAAUAACAGGCCUAGUCCAAAGCCCCUUUAAGAUUUUACCCUGCUGCAAUUCCCACAGCCUGGACAUACUGUCAAGCUGUGCAAACCUUACCACAUAUCACUGCUCUGCGGGUUAACAGUGCUGAGUGUUGGCCUGAGCUCUGCUCCCACCAAAGUCAUGCCAAUGAGAUUAACUCCCCACUUCAGUGGGGAAUUAAUUAUUAUAAUAGUGAGUGCUGGUUGAAAAUCCCACUUCUUUUGCAUUGUAGGCUGGGGUUUUUUUUCUUAAUUAUUAUAUUUCAAUUGAGAAAGGCAAAGUUGGUAGAAUUAUAGCAAGAAUAGCAUAGAAAUAUUGGAGUCAUCCCACAAUGCCCGAGUAACUGGCAAGGCUCAUCUGACCAUUUACUCCCCAUCUAAAUGGGGUCUGUAAAUAAGCAUUGAACAAAUAUAUAACCCAUGUGCUGAAUUUUAUUUUUGCUAUAAUAAUAAAAGCCAUGGAGAGUGAUUCAGGAUAACAUGACUCCUCACUUGACUGCACACAAACAGCAUUCAUUACAUUCUGAUGAUGCAUUUAGCCCUCAGAGUACAAAGAGAGUUUUACCUUUUUUUCCUUCAUUUUUUCUGCAUCAAUUUGCAUGAGAAGUACAGCACAUUUAGUCUUUGAAUUAAUCAAAAUAGCUCUGCCUUCACUGAAUAAAUAUAUUUGAAUACAUGAAUAAAUAACAUAUUGAGUAAAAUAAUGAAACUCAUUUAAAAUGAAGCUGAGAAUGAGGUCAUAGUUUUUAUUAAAUGUGACAUUUUCCACGGUGUUUACACUGCAAGAGAUAAUGGCCUAUAUAUUUUGAAGUGGGUUACAAACCAUCAAAAAUCAACUUUAGAUAAAAUAAAGUAGCUAAAUUUUCAGCUGGCUCUGGGCUUUUAACCUGAUUUUCUGAAAGUCAGGUUAAGAUGAUUCAAGAUGAUACUUGAGUUUAUGUAUCCAGGAUGAAAAUCUUCAUUUAAAAUAAAAGGAACCACUUAAUUGCCAGGCAGUCCUAAGGACUACAUGUCCAGCUGAAAGGUCAACCUAGCUAAAGCUGUCAGGCACCUACCCUCAGAUAAAAAGAUUUCAUCUAGUACUUGCAUUUCAGCAACAGACAUUCCAUAAGUACAAUAUACUGAUUAUAAAGAAAAAUGUUGAACUUGUACAAAGUCCUGUUCCUGGAAGCAAGCAGAGAUCAAACGGAAACUGAACUUGUAAAGUUCUGAUGAAAACCCACCAAACCACAUACAAAAUCUAUUCACCAACAGUUGACCUGAAGACAAGUCUAUUUUACUUGGCUGCUUAAAGCCAUUGCUUGCCCAGAAAAGUCAGCAAACAAAAAUGUGAGAGAAGCAGGUAUAAGAAAUGAGCUCAAUUAAUUUGGAAAUAGAAGAGGAAGAAAGGAAGAAAACAAGAGACACCUUAAAUAGUGAAAUCCAUGGAACGGGCCCUAUAACUGCCAUCAUCUCACAUCCCAGCAGCCUGCAGUGAGGAAGGGCUGGAUACAACCAAUGCAUGGUAGCAGCCAGUGGCCAGAUUUUUUUCAUUUGCUGCAGUCUGCUCAGGGUUCAUGUCAAUUAGCACAGACUAAUCAGUAUUUAUUUAAAAACAUAAUGAAAAACCUUAACUCUAACACAGAUUUAUACAGUUUCCUAUUAACACCAUAUUUGAGUGCUGUAAUUAAAAGAGACCUUCAUUAUGCUUCACCUCUUGUACCUGUGACCCCAGAGGCUUCAUAAUAUUUAACAGCUAUGUCAAACACCCCUUCAUGAUCUCUUUGUUAUCACCCCAAUGCUCUCAGAUGGCUGACAGGAUGGAGUUUCUCAGAUCAAAAUGAUCCAACAGCAUAGCAAUAUUUUGGGUAAUUGGAAAGGUUUGCUCUGCCUUGCUCUUUCUUCCAAGGUAGUGGGGGAAAGGUUACUUGACCACUGAUAUGUCAUAUACUGUGCUGUCACAGUAAAAUGGAUUAAAUACUGAGACCACUUGAUGAAGGUACCUGACUAAGGGUAUUAAUAUGCCAGCCUUUUUCAGCUGAAAGCGUUCCAAGUCCAAAGCUACUCUCUACACUGACCAGGUUGGCCAAACUCAUCCCUGCACCUGAGCACUGGUCUGCCAUGUCCAACCCAGUGGCCAGUACCAUGCAGUCCUCUCCUAGACACUCCCUGGGUGUGGUUCAAGGGUUUGCCCACCCCGGACCAUCUGGAUGGUCUGGACUUGGCAGUCCUGGUCAAGAGGUGAGGCAGCUGAGCUGCAGGAAAGCAAUCUGUGCCCUGGCAGCUCAUCUCUGGGCCAGAGAGCAGAGACUGGCUCUCUUUGCCUGCUGCUAAAUCUCAAGCUUUUUCUCUCUGCUCUAAAAAGCAAAAUGUUUUGAUUUAUACUCUGAUAUGCUUUUGAGUUUAAAAGCCUUUUUGGUCUUUUGGUUUGCACUAAGUGGAAUACUCAAUUUAACCUUUUCAUUGAAACCUUUAUAAAUCUAAUGCAUCUCAAUGCCUCAAUUUUCCAGUGUGGUGGAGUUCUUUGGCUAAAGCAAAGCACAAUACAAGCAGUGAUCUUGGGAAGCCAUUAGGAUUAGUGAUGGAAUGAUCUGCAGUGUGGCUGGCCCAUGGAACGUGCAGAGAAAGAGCUCAAAGUCUAUCUGGCUAUACAUAAAUCUUCCUCAUCAACAAGAAAUUAUUCAUUUAGUCCCACAAUAUCUCAAGUUGAAGGCUGCCUUUAGGCUGUGGUAACCCCUCUCCAUCUAGAAGUCCUGAGGCCCAGCAAGCCCUCUCUUCCCAGCAGUCCUGAGAGGAGCUUCCAGUGGCAGAAAUGCACAAGUGGUUUCCACUGCUGUGCCCAGGUAUUUCAGCAGCUAAGGAAGUGGGUGGAAGAGGAGUUUGGGAGACAUUUUUGGCAAACUGGUGAGGCACUUAAGACAGGAACAGCAUGAUUUAUGGACUUAUGUGAGCAAUCCAGGUUGCAACUCAGUGCCAAUCGCACUGCUAUGAAUGGUGACAAAGGAGUCACAGAAGCAGGACAGAACUGCUUUCUCAGUUCCAGCCAGUUAACCCUGGCACACCACAGAUGGCAAAUCCCAAUGGUUUAUCCGAAGUAAUUUUAUUAAACCCCUGCCUUUAAGAAUAAUUAGGUAAAUGAGGUGAAUGAAGUACAACCUCCAAUGGAAAAAUCAACACUUUCUGGGUACAUUUCACAUAGCUGGCAUUAGAUAAAAUAGCAUUGCUUUAGGGCAUCCCAAUCCUUCCUUUUCAGUCUGAAAAAUUAGUACCUUAUAUGCCCUUUAAUUAACUCUUGUUUAGCCAAUAAUGCCACUAACUGCCAUCUCUUGUUUAUGUAAUUAGAAUGAUGAUUUAUGCUUGAUACAAGCACAGAAGUCCAAAAAUACAUGUGCAAAACCCUUCCAACAAGCAUCUCUGCUCAGAGGGGACCACAUAACUGUGACCCCAAUGGUGUCAUUAGUAUUAUUAAAUAAUGUCCAGUUUGCUAAAUGCCAUCCUCUGUUACUUGACAUCCCCCUCGGAUGCUCUGAGCACAAAGUGUUCACUUACCACCUUUUAGUCUCACAAGGAAGCAUCCUCAUUCCAAGAGUGCUUCUGACAAGAAUGCAAAUUCAGUCCUGAAUUUUUGUGACGCUGAGGUUGGGAUUGGACACUGUUGGACAGUUAGACCCCAAACAUGCUGGGAUUAGGUUUGAGAGUCAGUGUUAAGCCCCCUCCACUGACAUGGUGAGCUUCAGAAAUUCUCAUGAAGCUUCUUGACAGGGGUCCUCAGGCAACACUGCCUGGAAUGCAGGUCUGCCCCUCAGGCUGAAGGUGCCUGAAGCAUGUGACUCUGUGCGAAGUUAAACAAAUUAAAUUAGAUUUGUUGUUGCAGGGUUUGGGGUUUUUUUGUUUUGGUUUGGUUUUUUUUGUUUGUUUGUUUUUUCUCUCCACUCAUUUCUGGAAAAGCUGGAGCAUGAAGAUCUUCCAGGAUAGGGUUUGCCAGCAGAAGGUGCCACUUGGGAUGUUGCCCAGGAGAGGGUGGCAGAAGCCACCAUAAUAUAGACAGUUAAAGGCAAAUAAAUGAAAUUAAACCAAUGGAAACUGUGCAACUACAAAGAUUACAAAAAUGAGCAGAACUGACAACCUAGAGGCACAACCCCUGCUUACAACCAGGCACCAAGAUGUGGUGCUGGCAGAAAAGGAAAGUUUCCCAUCCUGGCUGCCUCCUACCAAGGCUGGAUUGGGCAGAUGCUAUGUACAUUUCAUGAGAAAACCAGGAUUUUAAUUUUUUUUUAAAAGAGUACCUGAGAAUAAUGCCUCUUAUGACCAAGAGCUUUUGCAGCUCUGGGUAAGGAGCAUUAAUCCUCAGUCCCAGUUUUCCCCUCCUACAAGAUGUUGGCAAUUCCUGCUGCUACAUCACAUGGAGAAUAGUAUGCAUUUUCCCAGCAUUUAUAAAAUUAAAUACACCAUGCUGCUUGAUUUAUUCCUGUUACUCUUGAUACAAAUCACACUAAGCUGUGAUUCAUGUUUCAAUAUUGAUCCUGUAAUUAGUUCAGUGUAGGAAAGCCUUCAUGCUAGCUGCAGUCCUACAUUUACUCACUCGGAUGACAUUGUAAUAUUGUGUUCAGAUGUUAAACCUUUACAAAGAACCCUUUUUCACACUGUGGUAACAGCCUGAGGUAAUGAAACCUUACUGAACUAGACUUCUCAUACAACUUGCUUCACCCCCCUCACACACAUUCAGAUGGGACAUGAACAGCACCAUCCUUGUCACAUAACCUCUUUCCAUUCCCUGGGGAUAGAUCACUCAUCCUUCCACUGAAGAGCAUCAUGGUAUUUGGAGAGUGUGGAACCCUGGAUCUCAUGAAGAGCCAUCCUACUGAAUGCUGCCAAGAAGCCUCCACCUCUAACCACAAGGCUGCCAGGCUGCUAUGGCAAAUCCUGCUGGCUACAGUGCCAGCAGCCUCUGUCAGCACCAUGGGUGGCUGGUGGAGACAUGGGGAGCACAAGCAGCUCCUUCUGCCAGGCUCUGGAGCAGGUCAGUUAUUGCCACCAAACCCAGCAGCAUUCCUCCACCCCUUCAAAGCCUCCUGCCAGGAGCCUCAAGGAGCCGAGCUCUGUAUCAGAUGGUGCAAAACUCCUACCCCUCCAUCUGAGCUUCCCUGGCACAUCAUUGCGUUACGCCUGCACAGGGGGCCUCUUCUUCCCACAGAGACAGGAGCAGAAUUUUCUCUGCAGUAAAUCCGCUCUUCAGCUUCAGAGAAAUUCUUCUCACUUUAGAUAUCAAGAGAAUUAAAAAUCCAUUAGGUAAAGCUUAAAAAGAAAAAUGUAUGUAACCAUAAUCUGUCUGGUACGGUGGUGUGUGUUUAAAGUUCCUGAUCAAACUGGACUUCUGGCAACAAACACUAUCACAGAAACAACAACAAAUCCUGCCAAAUUUUGCUAUUUGCUGGGAAAUUAUCAUUUAGCAGAUUAAACCAAGUCUAUACAUCCAGGUCUUUCACCACUACCAGCAUAUGGCUCCAGACAAAACACUAAACAUCCAUUUUAUCCAUUACACUGAGUCCUUGGUUUUUUUGGGCUUCAUUUUCAAUCACACUCACAAAGCACAACUGCGUAUUUUCAUUUGGUCUUUUUCAUAAAAGUAAAUUCUUUUCAUGACAACUGAUUGAGAAGCAAAUCAGAAACACAGCCAGUAACACAGACCCAUUUCAGACAUUCAACACUUCUACUUGCAUCACUCUCUAAGCUGGAAUAAGCUUUGCCUUUCAUUCAGGAAAGAGAAGGGAGCUGUUCGUAUGGAUGGACAUUAGAGGCACUGUCUGCUUCAGAGUACACAUGCCUGAAGUGGCACUCAGCUGAUUUACUUAGUGACCUGCAGAAAUCACUUAUUACAGAUCUUCUAAUUUACAUAUAUUUUUGAGAAAAUGUCAGACUUCAACUUAGCUCAUCAUCUUGACAGAGCUGUGCACUUAAGCAUGUGUUUAGCAUUAAGCCUGUGCUUAGCUGAAAAUAAAGCAGCUGUUCUGUCACUUUGAAGAACUGUGCCUUCUGCUUUUUUAAGAAAUAGCUACGAAAAGCAAUAGAAAAAGUUACUCCAUCCCCCAUUACGUGCUAAGAAUCUCGGAGGCCCUUACAAAAUCAUCACUCUUUCUAUGACUGCUAUGGUUUAUCAACACACAAGAGUGCAAUUAUCCUCACAUUUUCAGGGCAAAUGUGUGAUUGCAGAGAAUCUUGCUAUGUGGUAUGUGCCACUUGAUUUCUCAUAAAAAGUAUUAGCUGCCAGACAACCAUCAUCCUCUAUUGCUACUCUCUUUAAAAGGUUAAGAAGUAUGUGAGGAAGGCUUUGUGAUCCAAAGUGCUACAAAACUGGAGAUGGAAACCAAGAAAUAGUGCUGCACUUGAUGCAAAUUUGUAAUUCCCAUUUUCCCAAACUAGGCUGUGGGAAUGGAGAAUUACAGAUCUUGGAAGCAUGUGCCUUCUCUGAGGAAGUUUUCUUGAAAUUGGUUGCUCGUGUGUUUGAGAAGGACUUGUUUGAGCUGAUAAAGUCAGCAAAAUUGAUAAGUCAACCAAAGAUCAGGACAAUAAAUAUUCUAGAUCAGGACAAUAAAUGUUCUAGUUUGGUCAGGCUGAUUGAGGCUUCAGCUCCAGACUCUGGUUCAGGGGACCAGAAUUUCCUACACUGAUGUGUUCAACCACAUUUGCUCCCAUAAGCAAGCAGAGAACAGCAUCCCCUGCAGCAAUAACAUACUUGGUCAGUAGUUCAUGUAUUCUACUGAAUAUUUUUUGACAUUUUAUGAGAUAAAGGAGAGCCAACACCAUUUGACCAAUUGUUCUCCUGUGCCAAACAUCCUUGCUAGCCAUGGACACUGCCUGUCCCCUGCAGUGGAUUUGCUGUGAGGCACAGCUGAGAGCAGCCACACUGCUCACAUCUUCCCCACACAAGGACCAUUCCACGCCAGCACGGCAUGACAGCAAAAACACGUGCUCACCAAGCAUCUCCAUUCCUAACACACAAGCACCAGAAUCAAACAAAAGGACAUUUCAGAGGGACAUAAGGCUAGACAGCUCACCUUCUUGAACUUUUGCAAAGCAAACCUGUUUUUAGGCCCUGAAAAAUAGUGCUAGGGGAUGGGUAAAUGCAGAGCUGUCCUUCAGUUACUGGGACUGUAAGCUACAGCUCUCCCAAAAUGUUAGGUUUGCACUGUGAUUUAAUUACAGGCCAUAUUGCUUACAUGGGAGAUAGAAAAGGAAUUAUAAUGUCAUAUGCUGCUUUCCGUACUUCACAGAACCAUGGAAUCAUUUGCUUGGAAAAGACCUUUAAGAUCGGGUCCAACCCUCAAUUUGCUAUCUAAUGUCUGUGAAAGUGCUCCCUGAGAGGAAGCCUCCCCUUAUGAGCUACUAGGAACGCCACUGGCAUGGUCUUGAAUGGUUCCACACAUAGAACAGUAUCCAAAAGGCCUCACAUCUCUUGUGAAAACAAAGGCUAUUGUGUACCCAGGGAAGGAAAGCUGAAGCACAUGCCAGCACUGGCUCCUGUCCUGAGCCAUGCAUUAAUUUGGCUCAAGUUAGAAAGGCCCAUGGGCCACAUAAAUAACACCCAGAGGGACUGUGUUAAGGUUACCAGGCAUCUCUAAUCCUGCUCUUUCCUAAGUUCUCAGAGACUGACUUUUUUUUUUUUCUUGCGUUCUUGCAUGCAGCCCUGUUUAACCUGAAGUAGUGAUGCCCAUGACUUAUAAUAGCAACAGAGCAAAGAUGAGUCAAGGGAGUAUUUGUGUUAUGGCAACAGGAAGGGCUUCAAAUAGAAAACAGAUAUCCUCAGAUGUGCUAAGAAAAUCGUUCUAAAUUAUGCUAUUUGUGAAAAAAAUUGGGAAGUGUCAAUACAGGGAACAUUACAAAGAUUAAGGGGAAUUAUUUCCUUUAGCCAGCUAUCCAUGAUAAAUGAUCUUUUGCUAAUCCCUUUAAGCACUCUACAACAGGAACACAUAAAAAUGCACUAAAUUCUUAGAGAAUACAAAGAGGUUCUCUCUCUGCAAGAAAAACAAUGUAGGUCCAAAAAUGUGUGAUUUUCAGGAUGCUGACUAUUUUGGUCAAUUACUAGAAUGGGGACAGCAGGUCAGGAGCGACAAUAGAGCUCUUAUUCUUGGAACUAAAUACAGUUAUUUCCAAAGCUGAAUUCACAAAACUGACUCACAGACCUGUCAGUGGAAUCACAAUCAACAUGUUCCAAGAUAUAGCUGAACUGCAGGAAAUAAGAACAAGUUACUGCUCACAGGACUCUUUUCAGAUGAAGUUCCCUUCUGGCAGACCAUUGGAUCUCCUAGAACUUCAGGGAGGGACACAAAGGCAACUGGAGACGAACAGCAUCCUGAGAGAUCAGUGUUUACCCACUGUCAGUUCUGCACAGUGAUCAGGUAUUUAACCGCACUGCUUCUUCUCUAGGGCUCUGAUCUCUGGGCUUCAAAACCUCAAGACAAGGUCAGCUUUACUGAGCUAGAAUAACAAAAAACCAAAACAAACCAAGACCAACCAAACAAAAAAGGCUCUGGGCAAAGCUGUGGAAUAGAGAGUCUCAAGGUUGAAGGCAGUGAUACUAGGAUGGCACCAAACUCAGAGCUAAAGCCUAACCCAAGAGAGCAGAUGUGCUGUUGGUGCAAUCAGCGAGAAAAAGACAUAUAUACACCAAAGAAGUAUCAGAGCAAAACUGUUCUGUGUUGUCCAUGAGGAUAAGUGCUUGUAGCCUUAUGGAAUUGUCAG